AUGCUUAGACACGACGAGACGACGCGUGCUGCCUACCACGAUCGCGUCGAUGGUGUUUCUGCGGGCAUAUCAACAUCUCAUGCUUUGGCCACCGCCGUAAUUUGCAUCUGUCAAUGCCUCAAUCCGAUCGGCGGCCCGGCUUGUGACCAUUCCACAUCCGAUCAAGAAUUUACCACCAGUCCUGAUUGGGGCUGCAUUCCCAAACAACCUGACUUGUCGAUAUCACCUUAUGGUCCCGGCACAACGAGGCUAUCACCCUCUCCGGCACCACCUUCCAGUGGACUUGGGCCCGGUCCACUGCUGAUGACGCUUCUCCAUACUACAAUUCGGUCACCAGGGGUGCUCAAUUCUCAAGUUGGGCUAUUCCCGCGGGUAACCCCUGCCAAACCUGGGGUCGCGUUGAAAGCCAAGCCGGAGCUAAGCAUUUUUUUGAGCCUUCGAUGCGCAACGACCGCACACGACAGGCAACCGAGGUUUCGCAACCAACGAUUGUCGUGGCGUGCGUCGCCGAGGACUUGGUAUUUAUAUCAACCGCGUGACAGAGUGUACAGGAGGCCAUCAUUCGCCCCCCGCAAUCCCGAGGGAGUAGUGGGGGGCAACGACAUGUGA